ACAAAGCGAGGAGCCCAAGUCAACUUGGUUUGGGCCUAGGAUGCUGAAUUAGAGUUUAUAAUGGGGGCUGCCCAAUAGUUAUUGUCUCACUUCUUUUGGUAUUUAUAUUUUAAUUGAAAAUACAUUAAAUUGAUUUUUUUUAUUUUUAAUAUCAAUAUAUUAAAACCAUUCAAAUUUUUUUAAAAAAAUAUUAAUUUAAUUUUCUUAGGCAAAAAAACAAUUUAAAAAUUAUUUUACAAAAACAAAUACUUAACUAGGUCUUCGUUAUAUCUGUAGAUUGCAUAAUGCUGGAGUGGUUUUUAUUCCUGCCAGAAAGCUUGCGGUUUUUUUUUCACUCCCACGCACCAUCUUAUCAACAGCCAAGAAGGCUAAGAGAUUCAUGCACUAAAAAUUUGAAAGUGCAUGACCCAAGCUGGAAUAUGAAUGCCAUGUAUCAGCAGUCAGUAGCUGUACGCAUUAAUGCACUAUUUUUCAGUGCACGAACCUACUUGGAAUCUGAUCCUAUGGAUCGACCCGAAGGGCGAGAUUCAGUGUACGGCAUCAAUAUAAAAAAUCUGCAUGUGGGCCUUUUAUUGAAGUCAUUUGAUAUUGUUAUACUUAUUAUUUUUUAAAAUAUUUUUUUUAAUGUUUUAAAAUAAAUUAUUUAUUUAUUUUUAAAAUGAGUAUAUUAAAACAAUAUAAAAAUAUAUAAAAAAUUAGUUUUUAAAAAAAUCAAUUUUUUUCAAAAAUAUUUUUGCAUUCCAAAAACAAAAUGUGUGAUGUUGGUGCAUGAAUAUGGCAGCUGCGUUCCCACAGAACUGAAUUCCAAGCCCCCGCCACCUCGCAAGAGUUGAAAGUCCCAAGUAUCAAACAGCCGUUGCAAAAGUUUGUGAUGUGGGUGUUUUGGGAACUCCAAUGUGUUCUUAUCCCCAGCCCUUUGCAGCAUGCACACCGCAGCCACCCAGUAGUAAAUAAAUUAACAAUAAAAGGCGACCCUAAAAUUCUCCUAUGUUUGCCACCUGAGCUUGUGUGCGGACAAAUAUUAUUUGCCAAGUGUUUUCCAUGUAAGAAAACCUUGAGCUUAGCAGUACUGGACACGAUUGUUCUGGCCAAGUAGCAGUCCCACCCCAUUCGGAGACACGUUUCGAUAUCCUUAAUUGCCUCUUGACUGCAUUCAAGCGCUUAUCCUCGCAUACUGCCAUAUAAAUAGUCCCUUUGCUGCACAAUGUGCUUAUCAACAGCGUUACUGUUUCGCUUAUUUUCUUGUGUUUUUUAUGGGAGGAAUGUCAAAAUCAAUCAUGAGUGGUUUUGGAGAGAAAAAACAGUUCAAGAAGCCUGAGCAGGCUAGUUCUAGGAAAGGGUGCAUGAGAGGCAAAGGAGGACCAGAGAACGCUCUCUGCACUUACAAGGGUGUACGCCAGAGAACUUGGGGCAAAUGGGUGGCCGAAAUUCGGGAGCCCAACCGUGGUGCUCGUCUCUGGCUUGGCACCUAUGACACCUCCCAUGAAGCUGCCAUGGCUUACGAUGCUGCUGCUCGUAAACUAUAUGGCCCUGAGGCAAAGCUCAACUUACCUGAGUUACAAGUUAAUAGUAGCCAGUUUCCAGCCUCUCCUGCCAAUUCUCAGGUGAUCCAAAUGACAAACCAACCCUCUCAUCUCAUUCAAAAUUCUAGUCCUACAUCUACAUAUUCAUCAAAUAUCCCAAAUAUGGAGUCAAAUGAGGCGAAACCAAUAUUAUACAACCAUAAUCCAAUCAUGUCUUUCUCUAAUGAAAGCGUUGAUUCGAAUGGAAUGGAGGUAGAAAAUGACGCAAAUUUUGGGCGAAGUGGAGACGUAAUCAAAGAAUUCUCGGCGAAUCUCAACGUGAACAUGACUUUCAAUGACUCAAUUUGGGCAGAGGCGGCAUUGUCGAUAAAUUUUCCAGUGAUGGAUGAUCCCGGAAUUUUUGCUAGCAAUCUCAUGGAAGAAUCUGGUGGGGACACAAUGCAGACUCCGUGGUGCAUGUAAAUUGAACCACGAUGUUCUUCUGGGUCAAAGGAGGCUAGAGAGAGAAAAAACAGAAUCCUUGUAUACAUGUUUAGUAUAUAGUCUAGUUAUAGAGCACUGAAGCCACAUGGGUUUUUGGCUCGUGUACAUAUGUAUGUUAUCUCUGUGAUAGUCAGGUGCUUUGUUUUAUACUGAAUGGUAAUUUAACUUGAA